AUGGCAGUGAAGAAAGAUAGGUGUCCAUCCCUGUCAGCCAGUGUGGAUACCUCUCGCUUCGCCCUCCUCUUGGUGCUCAUUGCCCUUUACAUGCUGCCUGGCGCCAUCUUAUUUUCUUCCUUAGAGAGAUCAGCGGAAAUUUUGGCCCACCUGCAUUGGCAAAAGAGGUUAAGGGACUUCAGUCAGGCGCAUAACACUAGCUACCGAGAUCUAAAAUCUCUUUUGCGCCACUACGAGAAGGCCAGGAUGGCGGGCAUCCGAGCAGAACAAGGCAGAACCCUGUGGGACAUUCCGGGAGCUUUCUACUUUGUGGGAACUGUGGUGUCCACGAUAGGAUUUGGAGGGACUGCCCCAUCCACAAUAGCAGGGAAGGUGUUGCUCGUGUUCUAUGGAUUGUUCGGCUGCUCGGCCACCAUACUCUUCUUCAACCUUUUCCCGGAGAGCGUCAUCAAGAUGUUGAGCUUCCUCUCAUUCUGGUGCCACUCCAAGAGAAUCCAACACGGCCAACUGGCGUCUCGAGGCCGCGGAGGUGACCGCAAAGACGAGCGGAAGCCGCUUACAUACCAAGUGGCCCUGGUGCUCUUCGUUGCUGUCAUGGCCGUCGCCUGCGGUGCGGCCUCGCUCUACUCGGCUAUGGAGGGCUGGACUUACAAGGAGUCUCUCUACUUCUGCUUUGUGCCCUUCAGCAAGGUGGGUUUUGGGGAUUUUGUGAGUGUCCACAGGAACCAACACGAGGAGAUCUGAGCGUACAAGGUGGCAAACUGUGCCGUGAUGCUCCUGGGAGUGUGCUGCACAUACUCGCUCUUUAACACCGUCUCUGUGAUGAUCAGAAAAGGACUCAACUGCAUAAUGAGGAUACUGGGCACAGUUUUCUGGAACUCAGCUAUCUAUCUGACUACAUACACUGUACUCGUGCAAGUACGAUGUAUGUUGCUGUGA